UAAAAGGGGGAAUGUGGAUUUCGCAAAUUCAUGAAGCAUCACCGAAAAUACCUUUGUCAUUUAUAUCACCCCGUGGCCAAUAGCAAAUGCGUAUUCACGGACGCGCCUCCUGCCUCUCGCCCCCUCCUCGAGCCGCGUCCUCACCGUGAACGCGCGUGGUACCCCCCCGGUCGCGAGGAGGAGGAGGAGGAUGUGGCGCGCGGAGGGGAAAUGGCUGCCGAAAACAAGCCGGAAGGACUGAAGAAAGUACGUAAUCCAGAUCGAAUGUACAGAACCGCCGUCGGUUACACCGGCCACGUUCCUCCUAAGAGUGUCAGCGAUGACACGGACAACAACAAUGAACAUGGACAUUUGAAGAUCUACUUGCCUAAGAAGCUUCUGGAAUGCCUUCCCAAAUGCUCCUCCCUGCCCAAGGAGAGACAUCGCUGGAACACCAACGAGGAGAUCGCGGCCUACUUGAUAACAUUUGAGAAACAUGAAGAGUGGCUGACAACGUCCCCCAAAACCAGGCCGCAGAAUGGGUCUAUGAUACUCUACAACAGGAAGAAGGUGAAAUACAGGAAAGAUGGCUACUGCUGGAAAAAGAGAAAAGACGGCAAAACCACGCGGGAGGAUCACAUGAAGCUGAAAGUGCAGGGAGUGGAGUGUCUGUACGGCUGCUAUGUCCACUCCUCCAUCAUUCCCACCUUCCACCGCCGCUGUUACUGGCUGCUCCAGAACCCUGACAUUGUGCUGGUUCACUACCUGAACGUGCCCGCCAUAGAGGAUUGUGGGAAACCGUGUGGACCCAUCCUAUGCUCCAUCAACACAGAUAAGAAAGAGUGGGCCAAAUGGACCAAGGAAGAGCUCAUUGGACAGCUCAAGCCCAUGUUUCAUGGCAUCAAGUGGACUUGCAGCAAUGGGAAUAGCAGCACAGGGUUCUCAGCAGAGCAGCUGGUUCAGCAGAUUCUGGACAGCCACCAGACCAAACCACCUCCCCGGACUCACAACUGCCUCUGCACGGGCAACCUGGGUGCUGGAAGCAGCCUCCACCACAAAUGCAACAGUGCCAAACAUCGUAUCAUCUCCCCCAAAGUGGACACGCGCCCUGGAGGCACCUACGGCAGCAGCCACUCCGAGGUUCAGAACAACGAUGUGUCCGAGGGCAAGACGGAACACAACCACGGCGGCGGCAAAAACGGCAGAACGGGGGGCGACGGCGGAACGGGUGGUCGAGAGAAGAGGAACGGCAAGGUGCCCAAGCCAGCGCUGCUCCACCAGAACAGCAUGGAGGUGUCCUCCACCAACCAGGUGGAGGUUCCGGAUACCACCCAGAGCUCACCCGUCUCCAUCAGCAGCGGCCUGAACUCGGACCCCGACAUGGCCGACAGCCCUGUGGUGGCCGGAAUGGGUCACGUGGCCUCAGUCAUGAGCAGCCUGUCUCAAUCCUCCACGGUUUUUAUGUCUGAGGUCUCCGGAGAUCCUGUCUAUAGCAUGUCCCCGACUGUCGACCCCAACGCUCAUCUCCUGGGUCCCGACACGGCUUCUAGCAGUCUGGUAUUGGCGGUGACGGCCGACAGCCAUAAGUUUGCAUUCGCUGGGGCGGUUGGAGUAGGGUUAACUGACGCCGGGUCCGCAGAGGGACUCGCCAUGUUGUCGACGAGCGGCGUGUCUGAAGAACUGCUGCUCUCCAGCAACCUGGAGUCAGGGAGUAUCAAGCUGCCUGAGACCAAUAUGAACUUUGACCCAGAUUGCUUUCUCAACAACCCCAAGCAAGGUCAGACUUAUGGGGGAAAUGGGUUGAAAACAGAGGAGAGCAACAGUAGCAGCUGCCGUAAUGGAGGUUUGCGAUGUUCUCCGCCCAUCAACGACAACGGAUACACGUUUAACCCCUCUCUAGUGAAGAACAUCAAGACGGAGGACACCUCCUUUGAACAGCAGCUGGCUAAUGAGAGCGGAUAUCAAGUCGGGGAGGUGGUGAGCGGAUCCUCAAGCAGUGGUUCCCAAAACUCCCUGGCUCUGACUCCCACGGGUUCCCUGCUGCCUUCCGGGGGCGGGCUGAGUCCCAGCACCACGCUCGAGCAGAUGGACUUCAGCGCCAUUGACGCCAAGCAAGAAUAUCCAACCAACGUGAUGUCAGCUGCAGGAUACGGCCACAGCGCUCACCUGGCCCACCAGAGCCACUCGCCCAGCUUCUUCCUGCAAGGCUCGCCCCAGUCCACUCAAACCCAGGCCCACCAGAACAACUCCGCGUUGACCCAGAACUCCCACGACUCCAACGCUUACAUGGGCCUGUCUGUCGUCAAGACCCAAGACUCCACAGGAACCAACGGACACCACCAUUACCACACGCACGCUGCCUCCAACUGCAACGGCGGCUCUCCGACUGAAAGAAACGGGCAGGCGGGAUCGCUCCAGCUUUUGCGGUACCAGAGUCGCUUCUCUAACCCGGGCCAGGAGCACGAGGACGUUGGGGGCUUGGAACAGCCAACAGGAGUAGAACCGGGGGAGGGAGGCAGUCAGGAGAAAAAGUCUGAUGGUGUGCUGAAGCCUGGGGACCACUUGCAGACUGGAGGGGGAGGAGAAGCUGAAGGUGGAGGGGGCACAGAGCAAUACCUCCAACAGCCAGCAGAGGGCAGCCUGGGGACCGGGGCAACAGGUGCGAGGGUAGAAAGCGGAACUCUGUGCAACGGCGGUGAAGGAAACGGAAAUGCCAACAGCCCCCAUCAACAGCUCCAGCCCCUCCUGCAAGGAGCCGGUUUGGUGCAGGGUCUUUUCAGCACCGUGGGGGCCCACCAGAGCCUGGGGGGCAACGGAACCAAUGCAGGGGGCUCCAUGGAGAUCAACCUAGACCAUUUUGAUGUUUCCUUUGGUAACCAGUUCUCAGAUCUCAUCAAUGACUUCAUUUCGGUGGAGGGUGGAAACGGUGCGGCCGUGGUUGCGGGGGCCAACGCUCUAUACGGUCACCAGCUGAUGACCCAUACGGGGACAGAGGGGCAGGUCUCCUCUGGAACCGCCGCACAACAAGGUGCAGAUGAAGGAGGUCAUGGGGCGAGGGGUUAUAAUUCUGCAGAGCUCUGCUUGCAGCCCUGCUGCAGCCCUCAGUCUUCUCAGGCCGGGGCGGUGACGGGCGAGGCGGGGCAGCUGGCGUACAUGCAGGUGGCCGAGGCCGUGUCGGCAGCUGUGGCGCAUGGGAACAUGGGAAUGCUGCAGGCUACCGGAAGACUGUUUGUGGUGACGGACUAUUCUCCAGAGUGGUCCUAUCCUGAGGGUGGGGUGAAGGUGCUCAUAACCGGGCCGUGGCAGGAGGCCAGCAGUGAAUACACCUGUCUGUUUGAUCAGAUCACAGUCCCAGCGUCUCUCAUUCAGCCUGGCGUGCUGCGCUGUUACUGCCCAGCUCAUGAUACAGGUCUGGUGACCCUUCAGGUGGCGGCCAGCAGUCAGAUUAUCUCUAACUCGGUUGUGUUUGAGUAUAAAGCCCGCGCUCUGCCCGCUCUGCCCUCCUCACAACACGACUGGCUCUCUCUGGACGAUAACCAGUUCAGAAUGUCCAUCCUGGAACGCUUGGAGCAAAUGGAGCGAAGGAUGGCAGAGAUGGCCGGACAGCAGCAGGGCACCGGAGGAACGGCGGAGAGCGGAGGAUCUUCAGCAGGUGGAGGAGACGGUGGAAGAAGCAGCUCUGAGCAGGCACAGUUUUCAGCGGGUCAGAGUCAGAACCAGGGUCCGGCAGGCAGCUCUUUCGAGAGCCGUGUGGUGGUAGUUUGCGAGAAGAUGAUGAACCGGGCCUGCUGGGCAAAGUCCAAGCACUUGAUCCACUCCAAAACGUUCCGGGGCAUGACUCUACUACACCUGGCAGCUGCCCAGGGCUACACUACCCUUAUCCAAACACUUAUCAAGUGGCGCACUAAACAUGCGGACAGUAUUGACCUGGAGCUUGAGGUUGAUCCUCUGAAUGUGGAUCACUUUUCAUGCACACCACUGAUGUGGGCCUGUGCUUUGGGUCACAUGGAAGCAGCUGUGGUUCUGUACAAAUGGGAUCGGCGAGCUUUGGCCAUCCCUGAUUCUUUGGGUCGUUUACCGCUGGCCAUCGCCCGGUCCCGCGGCCACACCAAGCUGGCGGAGUGUCUGGAGAGUCUUCAGAGGGAAGAACAGCAGUCAGGAGCAAUGACGACAACUCCCAGCAUGCCUUUCUCUUCGUCCGCCGAGGCCUCGGCUGCAGAGGGAUGGAUGAACGUUUGGGGUAGCGAGACCACUUCAGGUGGACUAAAAGAAAGCAGCAUCAAUAGUUCUGCUUCCAGUUCCAGCUCAGAUUUGAGGAGACCCAGGUCUGAACCGUCCAGUUUCUACAGCAGCGUUAGUCACGGGGACGCGCCUUUGAGCAAGAAACACAAGCCCAAUCCCGAGACCCACCAAGCUCGGCCCAGCAAACCCUGCUCUGCCCCUCUCAGACUGGAUGAUCAGGCCCACAAAUCAAAAUCAUGUCCCUCCAAACCUAGAGAAGCUAACCCGGACAAGGAGCCUGGAAACAGAGGGGAGGGCUCAACCUGCGGAGGAGGACGGUGGUCUUCUAGACAGGCUGCGGGACGCAGAGUGCCGACUGGAGGCCUCGGCAAAGAAAGACUGGCAAACAGACUGAGAUUAAAAGAAACUGCAAGCGUGGGAGCUAUCUCUGAUCUGCGGACAGGCCAGGAGAAUCUGGAGAACACAGGAGACCUGCAGAACAUGAACGUGAUGGCUUUAGCAGAGGAGGUGAUUGAGGCGUCAUCCGAUCGCAUCAAGAGGGAAAACUUUGGCACAUCAGAAACCACACUAGACAGUGUUGGAGUCAGCAACUGGUUGACCAGUUACCUCGGAGAUGCCGAGAGGUUCCUGUUUAACAAGCCCCUAACUUCCACACCCGGUCUGGGUGCCGUCCACAGACAGCCGGACCUCGAGGGUCCCAUUGGCAAACUUGGCCUUCAGUCUCCUGCCGAAUGGACGGCUCUCCUCAACGCUUCGCACAGCAAGGAAGAGCGCGACCUGACCCAGCUGGCCCUGUCCGACCCCGAACAGAGAGAGCUGUACGAGGCAGCCCGCCAGGUCCAGAACACCUUCCGUAAAUACAAGGGUCGCCCGCUUCGUGAGCAGCAGGAACUAGCAGCUGCUGUCAUUCAGCGGUGUUAUAAGAGGUACAAACAGCUGACAUGGAUAGCCUUGAAGUAUGCACUUUAUAAGAAGAUGACGCUGGCCGCCAUCCUUAUCCAGAGUAAAUUCCGCAGCUACCACGAACAGAAGAAGUUCCAGCAAAGUCGCAGGGCAGCCAUGCUGAUCCAGCAAUAUUACCGCAGCUACAAAGAAAUUGGACGGCCGAACCCGAGUAGACGGUCCGCCGCAGCUGCACUAGUGCAGCACAAACUCAGAAGCAGUUUACUGACCAAGAGACAGGAUCAGGCUGCCAGGAAGAUCAUGCGCUUUCUGCUGCGGUGCCGUCACAGCCCCUUGAUGGACCAUAGACUAUUCAAACGGGGUGAAAGAAUUGAGAAAGGCCAAGGAACAUGAGAGCUCCUCACCGAGUCCCGUCGCAAUGUAACAUCUGCAGCCAGACUCUCCUUUCUGUUUUUACAAGAGACGAUUUCCAAAAAAAGCAAAAAGUAUUCACGAAGCGGAUCAAGGGAAAUGCGACGGUUGAACUCUGCCAGCGGGUCGGACUGCUUCUGCUACUGCAUUGUGUUUUUCUCGCUACGGGGAACUUAAAUCAAGACUAUUGGGGAGAACUGACAUUAUCUUCAUGGCAUUUUUGCACUCUUCAUAGAUUUUUUUCUUUAGAUGACAAAAAAGGAACGAAGACCAAGGAGUAAAUGCUUUUUAUUCUGACAGUGCUUGUAAAAUAUCAUGAAAUCAGAAACGCAUCAUGCUGGAAGCCGCUUUACAUUUUUAUAUUUUGAACGGGAAAAAAUACAACAAUCAGUUUGGGAAAAAAAGAACAAAACCUAGAAAAUGUAAACCAAAAAAAGGCGUCAUUUCAUUGAACAUAUGCAUGCAGAGAGUAUUUGAUAUCAGUCUAUCAUCUCCACUAAUCUUUGUUUUUAACAAACGCUGUCCGAUCAUUCAAAGGGAAAGCCUUCUUAUGAAUGUAGAUGGGGUCAGGGCAAAAACGCUGGGUUUGAAAUAUCAGUGUCUUACUUUUUUUUGUCUUUGUGAAGGUUUGGGUACCUCCGAUGACGGGUUGCCCGUUUUCUGUGCACUGUUUUCUUAUGGGUCCUUUCUUAAUGUCAUCUUUUGCUGGCCUGACUUUGUGUGUCCCGUGUUUGUUGAACUGAUCUGGAUACAGUGCAUGUGUUUGAGCGAAACGCUCCUGCAUGCUGAUGUAAAUGUUUUGUGUUUUGUCGGUUUAUUUUCAUUCAUUCAUAUUGGUGAUGUUGUGGCACUGUCAAACUAGCCGUAUAAAUCGGAACCCUAUGUUGCCUGUUUGUUUCAGAGUAUUGAUAUAAAAGACCGUUAUUUUUCUAUAGUUUGGUUUGUUUAUUUUAGUAGCACUCUGCUUUAUUUUGCCUUUGAUUUUUUUUUAAACGUGUGAAGGAUUUCUCCUUUUAAAGACUAAAGUUUUGGUUAACGUGCUAUCAAUUGUGCCACAGCGCCAAACGUAUUUGCAAAGGUUACUUUCCAUUUAUGUGUUUGUACGCGUGUUGUGAUUUCCAUUGUUUCCGUUUGUUGAUUUGAAGAGCUCCGGAUCGCUUUUCCCGAGUUUCACAAAACAUUGCCUUGACUUCUUGACUUUUGAAGGGUCCCUAUACAGAAGCUUCAAAAAAAGAAAAAGAAAAAAAAUCUUAUUUUUGACUAUUGAGUGGUCCCUGUACAUAUCCAAGCCGGGUGAAGGAACGUUAAUAGCCAGAAACUUUUUCCGAAAAGGAUUGUAUUUAAGAAUAUAUAGUAUUUUAUUCCUAAAUUGGAUUAUAACACAUUAAGAGACGAACACAAAAAUAUAUUGUAUAGUUUUCUUUUAACGCCCAAAAUGUACGGUUGUAUUGUUUGUAAAUACUGUAAAUACGACUGCGAAGAAGGAGCCAUGUGCAUGAACUUUAAACCACUGAACAUAAUGUAAAGAAAACAUGUAGUGGCGAUGGUCUGUAAAAUGAUGUGAACGGCUUCACUGUACGAAUACUUUGUUGGAAAUGUUCUUUCGCAGGACGUUGCGGAAAUUCUCGAAGAACGUGUAGAUUUAGGGGAGAGCCAAACAAAUUCAUCGGACACGACUGGAGUUUUCUCUCCUUCAGGGUUAGCCAGAAUGAAAUAGUGUUUUGCUGACGGUGAUCGGUCGUGCAAGAUAAAUAAGCUAAUACUUUCUGAGAAGUAGAUUAUCAGUGUUGGGAAAUCUAGUAUUGAAUGACCAGAAUUCACUCCCAAACUCAACAGACGCAUUCAGCCGAGGUCUCUGAUACAGAUGUUGCAUUAUCACCACUGCUUUGUCCUGUUCACCGUGACUAGAAAGUGUUUUAUCGUCUCUUUACUCGACAUGACUUCAGAUGACAUUAUUAAAAAGGAUGUAAACCUUCGAACAGGUUCUUUCAUCUUUGUGAGGAGUUUUUAAGCAGAACUUGCUUACACAAAAUUGAACAUAAAUAAAAGUGAGAGGCCGUAAAAGCCGGUCAUUGACAAAUAUUGUGAAUGUAGCUCAAGACCACAAACAUUUCAGCCGUCAUCAGAAUCUAAUACUGCCAUUUUGCUCUUUUUCAUGGCGUUAAUCCAAACAUUUUUUUCUAGGGGGCUCAAAACUCCCUGGUCAUACAUUCAUGGAUCAAGUCCUCCUAACGUUCGCUAACACUUUCGUCUCUGAGAGAAAUGCGAGACUGAGCAAAUUCAGCUGACGGGAAGCAUCGUUUUAACGUACACCAGCACAUUUGACCUGAUUAAAAGGAAAGAAUGUGGUGCUUAUCGGCUGAAUCACGUACAUAUUCUCCAAUUCUGUCCCCACAUUUCACGUCCAUUCUUUUCAAAGUUCAAACUUUUACUCAUUUCAGAGACUCAAUAUCAGUAUUAUAGAAAGUGCCUAAAACAUUCAAGCGUUGUCAGGAGUGUUGGUCCAUAUGAACUGAUUCCUCUUUUUAACGGUAUGCAAAACUAAAGGCUGGUUUUACUGUCCAAACAGAAAGUUUGUCACUUCAAAGCCCAGGGUUGUUUUCCUCUUUAAUGUAAUGAAGUGAAGGCACCUGUCAUCUCAUGAUUUUAUUUGGUUUACUCCUUCAUAUUUCGUGAUCUUAAAAUGGUUUGUAUAAGAUUUUGGCUGACCCAGUAAAACACUAUGCAUGUUUUUUUUUCUCCAUGUCGCAUCCAAACUGGGCCAGGAAAGUCGGACAUGCUCUGUAAUGCCGGCGCAUUGUAGACGGGCAACUUUGAACAAGUUUAGAGCACAACUGCCAGAUUUUGUGCGUUUGGGCCUUUACAUCCAUAUGCAUCGACGAUUAUCUUCCAACCUUAAACUUCAGGAACCCACAACCAGGACUCAUACACAAAGCAACAAAGCUCACUGCAUCAAGCGGUUUAAGGAUCACCAGGUUUAUGUAUCUUAGAUGAUCGGUGACGGUUUCAUCUUAGGGAACAGAAAUGUCCGCCUCCCUUCUGUAGUUUUACUCAGGGUGCUAAAACAGGGAGAGGGUGUUUAGCGUGGAGACUAAACAAAGGUCGGAUGACAUCUCCAGGAGUUACCACUGGGAUUAUGAACUUCCAUUUGUACAUUACUACAACAUUCACUACUAUGAGAACAAGACUGUCAUUCAGGAUAGGUCGCGUACACUUCUAGAGUCUGUAGGCCAUUUUUCCGAAACUAAGCAGGUGUUGUCAUUCAUGUGACACUUGUUGGGUAUUGCCACAUCCCUGCGGGAUUGGGAAUGCAUGACACGUAUACCUCAGCGUUAAAUACCCUCAGAUUAAGUCAUUAUAUGAAACAGCUCAGUAUACGUGCAUCCCGUGUUGACUGGAUCAUGCUUGCUGUAUGUUUGUGUGAGAGAAGAGAAAUAUGCACUUUGCACAGCUCACCAUCCAAGUUAAAAUCCCUCUCCAAACCCCGGUAGAUUUGAAACGUGCGUGCGUGCGUGCGUGCGUGCGUGCGUGCGUGCGUGCGUGUGUGCGUGUGUGUGUGCGUGUGUGUGUGUGUGUGUGUGUACUCAACAUGUUGCUCUGAUGGACGAUCACAUGAGCACACAUCAAAACAUUGUUGUAAAUGAGGGAAAACGCUAUUGGUGCAGUUGGAAGUUUGUACGAUCUCCUAAAUCCUCAUUGGAAUUCCGGAAAUGCAGGUUAGGGUUAAAGUGAACCGAUAACCACUGGACUAUAAGCUUUUCACUUACAAACACAGAGCAAUAAACACUUUAUGUUUUUAGCUGAGCUCUUUAGGUUGAACGAAUACGGAGUAAGUCGAACAAAAAAAGUAAAAAAAAAAACAUUGGGACAUGCUUAGGUUUCUUCCUCUUAUGCAAUUACAGGUACACAGAGAGAGGUGGUCUGUGGACAUUAAGUUCAUAUUUCCCAGCCCUAAAUGCACGUUUUCAUCAUUUUAAAAUGAAGAUAAGAAAAAAUAUAGAUAAAAUAUGAGCCCAUGUUUCUUACGGGGCAGUGGGCUUUUGACACUCUGCAUGUGAAGCUAGUAUUAGACCUCCGUUUACCCUCCUCUAGCUCUCUUUUUCCUUCAUUUCUGCUUUGUGCCCUCGUACCCUCCUCUUCCUCCUCUGAUGAGUUUUUCCUCAUGUUCUGUUCUUGGCCGUCUGCCUCCUUCUGUCCUUCUUGUGAGUUUUAUUUAUUUAUUUGGGUUUCUUUUUAUGUUUUGUAACUGUGCAUGUGAGAGCAUCACUGAAUUGUUGGAUAUGUUUUAAAAAAAUAAAUAUUCAGCUGCUGAAGCCAUGCAAAACGUUUUGAAUUGCCCUUAAAAUAUGGAAAAUGUUUUCUGAAUGCUUUAUAUAAUUUCUGCUGUAAAAUAAAAUCUUAAAA